UCUGCUGCCCCCGCUGCUCCGGCUGGGUCUGCUGCUCCCGCUGCUCCGGCUGGGUCUGCUGCUCCAGCGGCCCCUGCCGAGUCUACUGCCGCUGCUGAGACCCAUGUUCCCGCCAUUCAGCCUACCGCUGGUGGUUCCAGUAUUCCUGGCAUCCCUGCUCAGUCCAGCGCCCCUCUUAUCAAGACUACCGCCCCUGCGGCUCAGCCCAGUGUCCCCGCUGUCCAGCCAACUGUUCCAGGUGCUAACGCUACCGCUCCUGCCGUGACCCCGAAGCCCUCCGCAAGCUCAGGCUUCCCUAAGUUCGCCAACUCGACCAUCCCGAAGACCUCUACUUCUUCUAGCCAGACCACCGGCGGUGGAGGCUUUGUUGGCGGCGGUGGCGCUCCUGCCAAGCCAACAUCUACUGGCUUCGCUCCCACCAGCCCCGGCUCCAAGCUCCUCAUUCCUGGUCUCACAGCUGUUGCCAGCAUUGCCAUUGGCCUGAUGCUGAUGGUAUAA